CACCUGAGCUCUUCUCAACUGAAUACAAGUAUUGUAUCACUCGUGGGGUCUGUUUUUUAACUGGCUGUGUUUAUGAGUAGAGUGGAAACUGAUCAUUACUUGCAAUGGACCAUAUUGUGUUGCUGCUAGUGUGUGUUGCUCCGGUGAUUUGGUGCUACAGUUCAGGUCAAGUUAUGGACAGCUGUGAAAACAUGCAACCUCACCACUCUUAUCUGAGCCCACAGAUAGAACCAGCACCCUUCACUAUCACUACGGACAACAGCAACGACAGACUUGGAGAGGAGGUCAAAGUUCAGCUCCAGGCUCUGGGUUCCACACCAUUCAUUGGUUUCCUGUUACAGGCUAGAGAAGUGGGGGGGUUGUCUCCUGUGGGCACCUUCACUCUGACAGCAGGGGCUGCUCAGCUACUCAUCUGCAGCCAGAGACCUAACUCAGCUGUAUCCCACAGAUCACAAUCUGUUAAGACCUCCAUUCAGGUGACAUGGAGAUCAGAAGUAUCAAGAGACAGGAAACCCAUUCAGUUCCAUGCAUCCUUUGUGCAGAAUUAUUGGACAUUUUGGGUUGAUGUUACAAGUCUCGCCCUGACCUUCACUAAUGACAGUUCUGGUGGAUCUACAAGUCCCCCCCCUAAACCAACAAUAACCAGUUCGAGCACCACACCAACAACAAACACAAAACUUCAACCUACACCAGGUAAGAGUAUCUCCAGUGCAGACUGCGGUGUCACCAAGGUGUGUUUCAGUCAGCCUUCAGACUGUGAUCCUAGAGUAAGUGCUGACUGUUAUUUCAUGUCAGCCAUGAUGCUGUCUCCCAGUGACGCAUCCAUCCACUAUGAGAUGACAGGUCCUUCUGAUGGAUACAUCUCUUUUGGAUUCUCAGAUGAUCAGAUGAUGGGAAAUGACGACAUUUAUAUUUGCGGCAUCGGCAGUAAUGGCCUAGUGUGGUUGCAGCAUGCCUGUUCAACAGGACGAACAGCUCCACAAGCUGUUCCGCUGGGGAAUGUUUCUGAUGUAAGAGUGUCAUCGCAGGACAGGGUGAUCAGCUGUUCCUUCACCUCCAUGAACACUAUUUCUACUCAGAGGACCACUGGCUUCGACAAAACCUACCACCUCAUGUUUGCUCAUGGACCCAGCAGCAAUGGACAAAUCCAGUUCCAUGCAAGUACCUUCAUCAGCACUGACAAGAUAGACAUUUCCAGACCCUGGAUUGUCAGAAAAGCUGGAUGGCCUCACAUCAUCAAAGCACAUGGAGCACUCAUGCUGAUAGCCUGGAUGACCAUGGGAUCACUGGGAAUGAUGACAGCCCGAUAUCUGAAAGGAGUGGCCAAAGGACAAAACCUGUGGGGUAAAGAUGUCUGGUUUCUGGUACAUGUAGCAGUGAUGAGCGUGACGACAACAGCCACAGUCAUCGCCUUUGUCCUCUCCUUUUCAUACGUCAAGGCCUGGUCUAAAGGAGCCCAUCCUGUGUUAGGCUGCCUGGUUAUGAUCCUCUUGUUCUUCCAGCCCUUACUGGCUCUUCUGCGUUGUGGAGCACAACAUCCACUGAGAUUUCUGUUCAACUGGUCACACGCUUCAAAUGGAGUGGUAAUAAAAGCUUUGGCUGUGGCAGCCAUAUUAACAGGCCUGAAGUUGAUUGACAGCACUUUGAUGAAAGUGAUGGGUGGUUUUGUUGGCUGGGAAGCUCUGUUCUACAUCCUCUUGGAUGUCCAUUCAAAAUGGAAGGUUAACAGUACAGAUACUUUGGAAUCAAAAAUGAUAACAAUUUAUGUCCUGCUGAUGGCUCUGUUCUUCGUGGGAAACUUUACCUUUCUGGUGGCACUGUUGGUGGGAAUUUGGAUGUCAUGAGAAGAGCCGUGAUAAAGCAAAAACAACCCACUAAAGCAUUUCUGUUAUUAUUUACCAAGAAUUUCCUUUUAUCUUUUUUAAAUCCAGAAAUACUUUUCUACUUGUUUUCAUGAAAUGCUUGAUAUUAUUGUUUUAAUGUCAUCA